AACAACAUCCAUCAUUAGACGAUAAUCGUUUCUCAUCCACUCAUUCAUUCCUCUUGCAUUCAUCUUACUUUCAAUAAUUCAAGUUUCCUGCAAAAAUGUUUGCUAUCAUUUCAUAUAUAAGUUUCUGAACUGAGCAUUUGCAAAACAACAAGUUCAGACUUCAGACUCAUUUCUAAAAGAGAACAUAUAUACCAAGUUCAACUAAUAUGGGAACAACAACAUCAACAAUGGAAAACGAUAUAGAAUCGUCAGUUAUAAAAUUAUUUGGAAACAAUGUAUAUGACGAGGAGAUGCCGAUUCCGAUAUCGUCAUUAGAAUGCAUGGAGAAUAAAUCAACAGCAGCAAUGCAUGCACCAGAAGAAAUAUGUCUUACUAUUGUUGAUUCAUCACCUGACCAUCAUUUCCUGCAUAUUAACAAUGAGUAUAAUUACGAAUUGGACUAUAUGACUGUCGAUACACCAAAGAUCCAGCUGCAGCAUAAUAACGUCACCAAUGAUGACUACAAUUGUACCGAGUAUAUGGCGAGCGAUAUCCCAGUUGAGAUCAUCAACAACGACGUUACCUCUGAAGAGAAUGGAGGCCAAACGGACCAUAUAAAGAAGUACCAGUUACUGUAUAAAGCAGCAUUAAAAGGUGACUGGCUAACGGCUAAAAGGAUUUUGAAGGCAGAUUCAAAUGCAAUAACUGCAAAGAUAACAAUGAAUGAUGAGACUGUACUGCACGUAGCUGCAGCUUCGAGGCAUUCGAUGUUUGUUGAAAAGCUUGUGAAACUCGUGCCGUUAGAUUCCCUUGCAUUGAAGAACUCUGAAGGCGAAACGAUGCUUCAUGUUGUAGCAGCUGCAGGAAUCAUAAGAGCUGCCAAGGUUAUGGUGACUAAGAACCCUAACUUGACACAAAUGCCAGAUGCCAGUGGCUGGGUUCCACUAGUAACUGCUGUUUACACUGCUAACCCGCUGGAAGAGAAAAGUAAGAAGAUGGUCCAUUAUCUUUGCAGUGUCACUAGAGAUGAGGAGCCAAGUCCAUAUUCUGGUGUUGCGGGUGGUAGUCUAAUCAGCAUAACAAUUGCUAGUAAUUUAUAUGAUGUUGCCUUGAAUCUGGUCCAGCAAUAUCCCAGUCUGGCUACUGAAAAAAAUGAAUCUGGAUAUAGUGCACUGGAAGUGAUGGCGGCAAGGCCUUCUUCAUUCACGAGUGGCAGUGAGGCAACAACAUGGGAACGCUUCCUCCGCUCAUUUCGCGUUCAAAUACAUGAAAAGGAUUUGAUGCAUACACAAGCCUUGGCCUUGGUGAAAUGUAUUUGUAAAGAAAUUUCUCUUAAGAGCAGCGCAGAUAUUUUUAAAUUUUUUGAAGAUUCACACAUCUUAGAGGAAGCUACAAGAUUUGGGGCAUUCUAUAUAGUACUGGAGUGUGUUCAGACGUUUCCUGAUCUAUUAUGUGUUAAAAUGAAGACCAACAAUACCAUAUUAGAGGAAGCAAUAAAAUACCGGCGGGAAAAUAUGUUUAAUCUUAUAUGUGAAAUGAAUGCGGGUAAAAAGUUGGCUACCUCCGUAGAUGGCAACAAUAACACCAUACUGCAUUUGGUUGCAAAGAGAGCAGAUCCUCAGCAACUCAAUUCAGUUAUAGGCGCAGCUCUUCAAAUGCAACGAGAGCUUCAGUGGUAUCAGGAGGUUGAGAAUAUUGUAUUACAAAGACAUAGACAAAAGAAAAACAAUGAGGGCAAGACACCUCGAGCUCUAUUUACAGAAGAACACAAGGAUUUGUUGGAGAAAGCGGAGAAAUGGAUGAAAGAUACAGCCAAUUCAUGCAUGAUUGUAGCCACGCUCAUCACUACUGUAGUUUUUGCUGCAGUUUUUACAGUACCAGGAGGAAAUGUCAGCGACAUUGCUAGCAGUAAGGAGGGAAUUCCAAUUUUUUUGAACACAACCUCAUUCACUGUGUUUGCAGUUGCAGAUGCCUUGGCUCUCUUCUCUUCCAUCACAUCAGUACUUAUGUUCUUUUCUAUCUUAAGUUCACGUUACGCAGAAGAUGAUUUCCUCUUUUCGUUGCCAAAAAAAUUGAUCACUGGUUUCGUAACUCUCUUCUUUUCUAUAGCUGCCAUGAUUGUAGCCUUUGGAGCAGCACUUUCUAUUGUGCUUGAGCAAAGAUGGGCAUGGGCUCCAAUUCCUAUAGCAUUGUUUGCGUGCAUACCUGUUACACUGUUUGCUUUAUUGCAGCUUCCGUUGUUUGUGACAAUCGUUCGUUCUACGUAUGGGACAAUCUUUCGGAGAAAGGACCAGCAUAUGCAGUGGGCUUAUUAGAAAAAGAUGUAAACAAUAUUUGCAGGUCCCAGAACAAGGGGUAUUUGAGAUUCUAACUGAUCAAAUCAGUUAAGCGAGAUAUAUACAGUGCUUAACAUUUUUUUGCCUAAGUGUUUGUUACACCUCACAUUCAUUCAGUUACGUGUUUGUACAGUUGUCUUUUUUCUAUUUGUCACAGAUUCUUGAUUUUCUGUUAUCUUGCAACUGUUUCUC